AUCGCAGGUCUCGUGAUUCCUCCGGCUCAGUCAUUCAGUGUUCGUCAGUCAGUAAGGUUCCGAGGCUUGUCGCUCAGCGAAUCCGAUACAUUUCUCUGUGCAAACCGUUCUCUCGCUCUCAACGCUAGUGUAUACUCGUGGGCAAAUCGAUAAGAUAUUCUUCCAAGCACGUCACAAAACACCAGGCGUACUCAUUUUUUUCUCAUCUUGGCAGUCAACGGCAGUGUGAUUUCCCGAACAGCAGCGCAUCGUUUGUGUGCGGAAGAAACAAAAAAAAAAUAAAUUUGGUAAAAAUAAAACCCCGUCGGGAGCAAGUGGAGGUAAAGCAGCCUCGCGUCUCACUGUAGUUCGAGAGAGGUGUUCAGGAAAAUUUGUGCGAAAAUUCAUAUCCUAUCCCGUUUCAAUCGCGCAGUGACUCGAAGACUUUCGCUGUUGGCGAUUGUAUGAACCUGUGAUUGCUGCAAGUGCUUUAUUCCAGAACAAUGUGGGCAAGCGCUAUUGGAAAAGAAGCCUGACACGACCAGAUUCGUGAGUACGACUCGUACCCGUCCUAGACGAUUAGAUUGAAUUCCGUUCUCUCCUGCCGUCAGGUUCAAGGGGAGCCAUUAAGGGUAGCGCGCGUACGCUCCAUAAAUACGCAAAGUUUUCAAAGAAAAAAAAAUUGUGGAUUGGCCAGCUCGGUGUGUAACCAGCUUGAUGAAAACAAAACCAGUGCUAACCGAAUCGAACCAACUCAUCCCGAUACUUAUGUAUUGCAAUCGGAACUUUUCCUGCACAGUGAGCAAUUGUCAGCGUUAUACCGCCAAGGAUCCUCGUCUCAGACCUAGUAAGUCACAGUUAUUGGCGUUAAUACAACCUAAUAAGACCACCACCCGUCAGCCCAGUUGAAAGAUCUCCCCUGAGCAUCCCAAACAGACGUAGUGUUGCCCUCGGCUAGGUCAACACGUUCAACAGCAUAACAAGUGUCGCGUUGUGUGCAUGUGUGCCUACUUAAUUGAAGCCUGUCGAAAGCGUGUGAAUUGAGAGGAAAAAAAUCCUUAAACAAACAAGCGUCAUCUUCGCUGCGAGUUGUUACAAUUACAGCUAGUUAAAUCGUCAACCCUAUUUCGUUAUCACUACGCUCGACGCUCACCCAUAUAGGCACGGCAUACCUCCCGCGGAAAUUUGUGACGCGACACUGCUGUGGCAAGUUCUCUCUAGAUUUUUUUUUUUUUUUGUUUAGUUACAACGUAAACUAAACGCGCGUGGAUCAUCCACAGAUUACGCUUUUGUAACUAUUAUAUUACGUAGCAUCUUCAGUAUACUAUUCGCAUCCUGAGUAAAUUCAAAACGCGACACCGCUGACGAUUUGCUGCAUGCGCCAAGUACUUGAGCAAAUAUUACAGCCAUCCUUAGAGGUCAAGCUGAUGGUCCAGAAUUAAGCCAACUGUCAAACAGGGAAGACUGUGCAGUUUUUAAAUAGUAUUUAUACCAAUCUUUCGAGUACCGUGAUAAACGUAAUUAACUAAUCUAAAAGUAGGACAUAGUUUAUCCAACCAAAAUGGUAGUUGAAAUACAGAUAACGGAUCCUAGCAAUAAAAGCUACCUGAUUCGAAACAGCAGCGGCAAUCAAAUAGAAACCAACAAUAACAAUAGUAACUACAGCUCAAGAUUCGACAAGAAGGAAUUGGAGGCUAUCAAGACAACCUUGCUGAAUUCAAAUGAGGUCACAUUUUGCAACCUGUCUGACGACGAGCAGGACGUUGAUCGGUCGAAGAUGUCGCAGCUUACCGUUGCUGAUUUCGGUCGCAAGAAAAAGCGUCUCAAUUCCGACAUCUCAGAGGAAGAUUCCAUCCUCUCCUCGUACAACGAACCGAUAAAGAACCCGAAGCCAAAGAUUCCGGAUGGAGGGUAUGGCUGGGUGGUGGUCUUAGCGUCGGUGAUGAUCUCGCUCAUCAUGGACGGUGUAUCAUUCUCGUUUGGACUGAUGUACACCGAAUGGUUGGAUUAUUUUGGAGAGUCCAAAUCGAAAACAGCCUGGGUUGGCUCGUUGUUUAUCGCUGUACCCCUGCUGAGUGGUCCCAUAAUGUCAAAUCUGGUCGAUCGGUACGGGUGCCGAAAAAUGACUAUUCUAGGAGGUUUUGUUGCUACCUUAGGCUUCGCUAUAGCAUCGUACUGUACAAGUAUCGAGCAAUUGUACUUUUCGUUUGGCAUUCUUGCUGGAAUCGGGCUCGGUGUUGGAUAUGUUACCGCUGUUGUCUCGAUCGCCUUCUGGUUUGAUAAAAGGCGAACAUUUGCCACAGGAAUCGGUGCGUCGGGAACCGGCAUAGGUACCUUUUUGUAUGCCCCGUUCACUCAGUGGUUGAUAGAACAGUUUGGUUGGCGUGGAACCACCCUCAUCCUUGCCGGAACGCUGUUUAACAUAUGCGUUAUGGGAGCUUUGAUGCGGGAUCCUGAUUGGAUGAUUGAAGAAAGCAAGUUGGAAAGCCGCUCGCAAAGUAUGCAAACUUUUUCAAAUUCCAGCGUUUGUUUAGAUGAAAUUAAAAAACUCAUCGAAACGGGCGUACCGAAGGAACAUCUGCUGGAUAGUCUGGUUACGAACGUUAACACCGAAGCGAACCAAACAAUAACACCUGAUGAUCCAGCCAUAACGAAAAAGUAUCAGAGUGAACUCUCACUGCCAACGUUCCUAAAACACGAAAGUGAUCUCCUCCAGCCUCAUCCUCACACUGGUAGUCGGCGUUCCCUGCGACAAGCUGUUCUUGCUAAAGAAACCUUCCGAAAGCUCGACACGGAACCUGUGGAAAAUAAAACCAAGCCCACGAAUGUAGCCCAACUCGCCAGCUCCGAGACUCUCAACUCGAACGAUAAGCUGUCAAGUUUCGCGGAAAAUGCCGAACCCAACAGUCAUGCAUCUCUGGAAACGCUGAGUGUUGCCUCGCUGGACGAUGCCUAUCUGAGUGCCCACCGUCAGAAGGAACUUCGCGAUUCGCGUGCUGGGUCUAGUACAUGGUCACUGGACACCGAGAAACACAAUCAGGUCGAUGAAUGUCGCCGUUCGUUCCGCCAAACUUCGCUCGAUGUAGUGUACGAGAACGAAAUCUUCAAUCCGAAUGUCAACACUGCCAUUACGCUGAUGGUUCCAAAGCAGAGGAAGCUGGAAGCGAAACAUCAGAAUGGAGCCCUGAAGAGAUCACACACCCACAAUCAUACGCUCAGAUAUUCUAACUUCCUGAAGGAUAUGCGGGUCCACAAGAACUCGAUCCACUACCGUGGCGCUCUGCUUAAUACCCACCGCUAUCGGCUGAAAGCGUCCUCCUGCCCGAACAUCUACCGCAACUCGAUGACGACGAUCGCUCGAGAGAAGGAAGAGAUAUUCAUUGUUCCCUCGUUAAAGUAUCGGGUAAAAACUUGGUUCGACGGUUUCAUCGACGCGGUCAAGACGAUGUUCGAUUUCUCAUUGUUUCUAGAGUUCCGGUUUGGCAUGAUGUCGCUCUCGACGCUGCUACUGUUUAUAUGGUACAUAAUUCCGUACUUCUACAUCCCGGACUACAUGUUACUGUAUGGAUUCAGUGAACAAGAAGGAGCGAACAUGAUAUCGAUCAUUGGAAUCACCAGCAUGAUCGGUAUGGUCACCCUGGGAUGGCUCGGGGACCGGCCCUGGGUUGACGUAACCAAGUGUUAUGCCGUUUGUUUGGCUUUUUGCGGAAUUUCGGUGGCCGCCGUACCCCUGGCUGUGAACAGCUACUAUGCGAUGGUCGUAGUCAGCAUCGUGUUCGGUUACACUUUCGCCAGCACUUAUUCCUUCACGCCGAUUAUUCUGGUGCGUUUGGUUAGUUUGGACGACUUCACCGUCGCGUACGGUCUUUGCUUGCUGGUUCAGGGAAUUGGAAGCCUGGUUGGACCACCGCUGGCUGGUUUCAUGUACGACAUGACCGGACGCUGGGAUUCCUCAUUCUACGCAGGCGGUUUCUUUUUGAUACUGUCAGGGGUGUGCGCUUGGGCCGUCGGUUACCUUCCGGCCACCAGCGACGAGGAAGAGAAAGGCAGCGACGCGCUGAGCUCAACUGUGACGGUGUAGACCUGACGAAUCUCUUGGAUCAGUACUUAUGACAUUUUUAUUGAUUUAGUAUUAAGUCUAAUAUUGUCUCCUACGGAAAACAAGUGCGUGAAACUUUAGCCUACCUCAAAACUUUUUGGAUAGGAUUUUUGUGCACUAAGCAAACUAGGAAUCAACUUUAGAGAAAAAAACAUGUUCACUCAUAUAGUAGCUACAAGAAACAAUUAGGAUAACAUUCACACGCUGACGCGCGAGUGCCUUUUCAAAAAAUAAGUAAUGAUACAGAUCUAGUUUGGUUUAAUUGUUGAUCCAUUUAUUUUUCAACACAAAAAAGGUAAAUUAAAAUAUAUCACAAAAUAACUUUCCGUUUCCAUUAGUAGUAUUUGCUUGUGUUUUCCUUGCCAGCUUGUUACUGGUUUUAUUUACACCCAAAUGUCGAAAACAGUGAUUUUAUUUGAAACAACAUGCAAUUUAUGAAAACAGGUGUUAUUUAGAUUUAACCUAUUAAAUUAUUAGGACUAUUCAAAGUGUUAGUUUGGAAAACAAAUUUAUUGAGGUUAUCGUUAGGCAAGCAAAAUAGUAGCAAAUAUUAGACGAAAAAACAAAGCAACGAAAUUCUUCAAAAAUAUAUAUACUCUAAAUCAUAGUGAGAAACGCAAUGUAGGAACGCUGCCGAGCAGACUAUUCAAUUAUAACGAAAUGGUUACUUAAGAAUAUUAUAACUCUAGGGCAGCAUUUUACUCCAUUUGGCCAUUCGAGUACUUAUUCACACAUUUAUUCUGUUAAUGCUAAAUAUAUAGCGUAUAAUCACAA